AUCUUUAACCUAGACAGAAUUUUUUCAUUUUGAAUUAUAUAUAAAAAAACUUAAUAAAUAAUUUAUAAUAUUUAUAAUUCAAAACGUACGAUUAAAGUAAGCUACAAUUAAAGCAACUUUUAAAGUAUACAUCGAUCGAUCAUUGAUUUUCAUUAUGUUGUUAUAUAGAACUUACCAACGUGAAUGCACGAACACAUGUGCGUACUGAAGGGGUAGUUCGUUUAAAGUUGAAUGUAGGUAUAUCGUACACAUGUUGUAUUGAAAAACAUAUAUAAGCUAAUUGUUUAUUUACUUUAUUUUGUUGAAUUUUAAUGUUUUACAAAGUUGCUCUCAUAAAAUGGACAAGACAUGAGUGGGACAUUAAAUACCAGUACAACGUUCUGGUUCAAUAAAUCAGUUAAGGAAAAUGUUCAUCCAGUCAAUUCUGUGUUUCUGACUGAUGGCCGUGAUUUAAAAAACAGACCGAUAAUAAUGUUGGAAAACAUUCCAAAGCCGAAAGUAGGAUUAAUAGCGAAUUACUCGAAUAUUGCGUACUGGAUACAGGAUUACAUGGCAUACUUGAUAUCUUUAAUUCCGUUUGAUAAGUUAAAAAAUGGAGUUUCGCUCAUAGUUGAUGCUACUUACUUCAAGAGUGCAGAUGUGGAAAUAUUGAAGGAACUUUUAAACACUUACAAGAAUCCAGGCAAUUGCAUGUUGUAUGUUUAUUGCAUCUGCAACUUUCAGUCGAACGGUCCAAUCGAUCAAAAUACUUUCAACGUUAUUUCGCCCGGAGUGCAGGUCUUCUUGAUAUCGUCCAUAGCCCAGUUAAUGAUAAGAGUACCAAGUUCUCAGCUACAUACAAUCUACGGAGGCACACUUCAGUUCAACCACCCCGCAUGGAAACGCUUCAUGGAGACAUUCGAAGCCCUGGAGGCCUACAUAACGAAGUAUCUGAACAGGAGCAUGAUGUUCAGAGAGGUGGCAGACGUCAUUCUGAAGAGGAAAGUGGCAAGCGAGCUGGCACACAUCCACCCGACCCUCAACUAUAUGAACAAUGUCACAGUCCUCCAGCAGUGCGAGAGAGUUUUGAACAAGUUCAGGAAUCCGGAUAACUUUUAUGGAUUGAAAGAAAUUCAAAAUAAUCCGGCGUUUGAGUUGGCUAGAAAGAAAUUGGAAUUUUACAUUGCCGUUCUCAUGAAUAGUCACAAUUAUUACGUUCAUAAUAUCAAAUACAUUGAAGAUUUCUUUGAUAUAACCUCCUCGCCAAAAAAAAAAAGAAAACCAACAAACGAAAACACAUCUCUAAUUCAAGAAAAUAUCAACGAUGAAGUUAAAAAUUUGUUCACCUUGUCAAAUUUAAAGAUAGUGCUGAGUGAAAAAAGUGAAAAUAUUAAAUUUGCGAACGAGCCAGCGCUAACCCGUGACACUACGAAAUCUUACACAGGAGAUGGUCUUCACGCCGCAGAACCGAGCAAUAUCAAAGAAAUAGCAUUACCAAGUCUUUUGCAACAUGUCCUGAGCGCUCCAAACAGUGAUUACAAAAACCCUAAAGAGGACGAAACCCCUAAACUCGCUCAACAACUCACAAAGCUCCUUCUCUCCAGCCAAUCGAAGCUAAAAAAUGAGCACAUAGAGCUGAACGUAAAGAAAGAUGAUGAUGAAGAUGAAUUAUUUGCAAAACCCAAACCGCUACCGAGACGAUUCAUCUGUCUAUCUGUUGAAAGGGAGACACAGACCUUGGAUGAUGAGCGACGGAGAUCGGUCAUCAUUCAAACUGACCUACAAACAAAUCCACAAACUGAGCUACAAACAAAGCCUCGAAAUGAUCUACAAACAAAGCCACAAACUGACCCACAAACAAAUCCACGAACUGACCUACAAACAAAUCCACGAACUGACCUACAAACAAAUUCACAAACUGACCGUCAAACAAAUCUACCAGCAAUUUUGACUGAAAAUUCAACGGGCGUAUCAUCUGAUAUUAAACUAACGCCUCAAUUUUAUUCGGAUCUUAAAAAGGUACAAAACUGGUAUUUGAGAGGAUUGGCUAUGUUUGACGAGAAGUUCAUAGCAGACAUCAACAACGCCACUCCUGAACAGAUGACCAACGACAUCCAUCAAACAAAAUGCGGCGACUUCCUACUGGACAACAAAUUAGACGAAGCAUCAAUCAAGAACAUUCAAAAUAGCGAUGGCAGUGAUGCCAGCGACGAACGCCUUAAGAUGGAUCUCCCAAUAUUAAUCUACCGGAAA